CGGACCCAAUGCGUAAACCCGACUCGACACAACCAUUUUCCCCCAAAUCGAUUUCCUUAGGGUUCCAACCCGAAAAAAAUUGGAGAUUUCGAAGAAGAUAGAAACUGAGAGAGAUUUCAGAGUCAGAGAGAGUGAUUGUAACUGGGUUUGGUCUAAUCGAUUGAGUUUUGGUCUAAUCGAAUCCGAAUGAGCUAAAAGAAGAAAUAUGGCGACGACGAGUGAUUCAAUAUCAGUGAAGAUUAACGGCUUCCACUCGGGUGUGUUCAAAGCUGAAGAUGGGAAGCUAAAUUAUGUCGAUGGUCUUUUGGAGCAGUUUGAAGUCAAUGGUGAUGCUGCUUAUGAGGAAGUUCGGAAGAUCAUUGUUAAGAUAGUUAGAGUGGGGAGAAUGUGGUACAAGUUACCAUUUGAGGAUAUAUCAGAGAAGAAGGAGUUGCUUGAAGAGACGAGAAAACCAAAAAGAAGAUGAGUUCUAAUGGUCGUUGGUACGAGGAGCUUGAUGUCUUCAUAGAGAAACCUGAAACUGAUGUUCUUACUGGUGAUGGUGUUGUGGUGGAUGCAGUGACUGGGAACGAACCUGUUGAUGGUGACUAGUUGGAUGUUGAGCAACAAGAUGAUAAUUCUGAUGGUGAUCAUGAAGGAGGAGAGAGUGAAGAUGAGUAUCAAGCGAGUGAUGAAUCUGAUAAAGAAGAGGAUAUUGACAGAAAUUUUGAAGAGGAUGUUGAGAUGUUUAGGGAUGAGAACUAUGAUGAGGAGAUUCCAGACGAGGAGGAGGUAUAUCCUGACACGGAGGAGUUAUCUGAUGAUGAAGAGGAACAAGCUGAGAGGAUGGCUAAUAGGGGUGAAUUAGAUGGUGUUUUUAGUCUUAGGCAGACCUUUUACAGCGGUGAAGAGUUCAAGAAGCAAGUGAUCAAAUAUAUUCUGAAAACGAGAAGAAAUAUAGUCUUCAGCAGAUGGGAGAAGACAAAGAUUGGUGCUAAAUGUGGUGGUAAAGGAUGUGUGUGGCGUAUAUACUGCUCAUUAGAGAGACCCAUCAAGAAAUGGAUGGUGAAAGUGUAUGUUAACACACAUACGUGCCAUCCCACAGGGAAAAGUAAACUCAUCAAAAGCCCUGCCAUUGCUGAAGUUAUGUUGGAGAAAAUCAGGAAGGAAUCUGAAAUGAGUGCUCCAAUGAUUAGAGAAGAGUUUAGGGAUAAGUUCAACAUCAUAAUCUCUCCCGAGCAGGCCAAGAUUGCGAGGCGUAUUGUUCUUGAUAAGCUACAGGCCGAGUGCAAUGAGCAUUUUGCAAGGCUAAAUGACUAUGAGAUGGAACUAUUACGUUCAAAUCCUGAUAGCAAAAUAAAGAUCAAUACAACAACAAAACCAAAUGGAGCGAAAGCAUUCCACUCCAUGUAUAUCUGCUUUCACCAAAUUCGUGUGGCAUGGAAGGAAUAUUGCAGGCCGGUUAUUGGAUUAGAUGGGACAUUCCUCAAACACAGCUCUCUUCAAGGACUGAUUCUCAUUGCAAUAGGAAGGGAUCCCAAUAACCAGAUAUGUCAAAUAGCAUGGGCUGUGGUCAACUCUGAGAGCAAUGAUAAUUGGCAAUGGUUUAUUCACAGGUUGAAGAUUGAUUUGGGUUUAGGCAUGGGUGAUCUUGUGACAAUCAUUUCAGAUCAGCAUAAGGGAUUGAUUCAUGGAGUUACAGUUGAGUUGCCAAGAGCUGAACAUAGAGCUUGUGCUAGGCACAUUUAUUCUAAUCUGAAGAAGAAUCAUAAGUCUGAUACACUGAAGCCACUCUUCUGGCGUAUUGCAUGUAGCUACAAUGAGGCAUACUAUGAGAAGAGUUUGGAUGUUUUCAAACAGUUUGAUCCAUUAGCAGCUGACGAGCUUUUGAAGAAGGAUCUUUCUACUUGGUGCAGGGCUUUUUUCCGGAUAGGUUCGUGUUGUUCUGAUACACACAACAACUUCACUGCGUCUUUCAAUAGAACUUCGAAGAUAGCAAGAAAGAAGCCUUUCAUUCAGAUGCUUGAGUUGAUUAGAAGAGAUGCAAUGCAGCGGAUAGCUACUAGAUGUAAGACAGCGAAAGAUGAGACGGGUCUCGUUACAAAGAAGGCGAGAAAGGAGGUUGAAAAGUAUUGUGAUGAAGCUAAGCAUUGUUAUUCUUUGCCUAGCACAAGUGGUGAUUAUGAGUGUGUUGAAUUUGAAAAUGGUUACAGUGUGAAUUUGCCAUCUCGUAGCUACGCUUGUAGGAAAUGGGACUUAUCUGGAAUUCCAUGUCGCCAUGUUGUAUCUGUUAUCCGUGAGAACGGUCUCGAGGUUGAAGAUUUUAUUUCAGAUUAUUAUCUGACAUCGAAGUGGCAAGGUCUGUACAUGAAUGGGUUGAGUCCUGUCAAUGGCCCAAAGUUUUAGAAGAAAUCUGGUGCAGACCGUAUUGAAGCACCGCCAUACAAGAGACCUCCUGGAAGACCAAAAGGGAAGGCAAGGAUCAAAGGAAUGAAUGAAUCUCCCAAGAAAAAUGCGACCAAAGUUGAUCGAAAAGGAAGAAUAGGUCAUUGUGGUCUAUGUGGUGGUGAAGGCCACAACUCAAGGAAGUGUCCUCUUGAGGUAUAUUUCAUUUGAAAUUGUCAAUCUUUUGUCUUUGUUGUGUUUGAUUUAUUCAAUUUUCUUGCAGUCUGAAGAAAGCAGAAAGCGUAGGCGCCUCAACAUGGAACAAGCAGCUCAGGAACAAGCAAUUGAGGACGUUUCCUCAACUGCACCACCUGCUACACAAGCUUAAUUUGUCUAUGCUAUGUCUUUUUUGAACUUCUACGGCAUUACUCAGAUAUGUCUUUAUUUUGAAUGUUUAUUUAUGAUGAAUCGCCUUUUUUGAAUGUUUAUGUAUGAUGAAUGUUUAAAACUAAUGAGAUGAAACUCUAUUUUUAAUGAAAUACCACUUGAUGUUCAAAGCAUUACAAAGAUGUUCAAACCAUUACAAAGAUUUAUAAGGACAAUACAUGUCUAAAGCAUCAUAAUAAGAAAGAUUUAUCGCUUAAGAAAGCUGUUAAUGAUGUCUUUUUCUGCCUCUUCUUUCUUGACCAAAUCACUUCGAAGCUCAGAAAUUGUCACUUUCAGUUCCGCAAUAAUCUUGUCCUUCUUGCGAAUUUGGUUUCUCACUUCAAUCAAAGCUUAUUUUUGCCAUCCAAAAGCUUCUUCCUAAUCAAACCACUGAAAAAAAUUGCAUUCACCUUUCCGCUAACGAAAACGAAAUUAAGAAUUUAGUAAGGAACACUUUAAUUCAACAUAUCAGAAAGCACAAUUGUUGUACCUUGUAUCGUUCACAUCCAUAGAACCUUUGACCCGGAUUUUUGUCAGUCCAAGCUUGAGAUAUCUUUGCCGGUAGCCCACAAAAAGAAAGCACACUGCCUGCAAUUGCCUUGCUUCGUCGCCUAUUGUUGGAUCCGCCACCCAAUUCCAUCUCUCUUUCUCUCUCUGUUUGAAAUAGAUCUUAUUUUCCAGAUAUGAAC